CUUUACCUACAAUAAUAAUCAUCCAAAAUGGCACCAAAAGCAACCAAAGACAAAUACUCCGUAAUCCUUCCUACCUACAAUGAACGUCGCAACCUUCCCAUCAUUACAUGGCUUCUUAAUCGCACAUUCACCGAGCAAGGACUCGAUUGGGAGCUCAUCAUCGUUGACGACGUCGUUGCCAAUCAACUUGCCAAAGCUUACUCCCCUCACGUUCUCCUCAAAGCUCGCGCCGGCAAGCUUGGUCUUGGAACGGCAUAUGUUCACGGUCUUCAAUUCGUAACUGGAAACUAUGUUAUUAUUAUGGACGCGGAUUUCUCUCACCACCCUAAAUUCAUCUCCCAAAUGAUCGCGAAACAAAAGACGCUUUCUACAAAUGGUGGAUAUGAUAUUGUUACCGGCACAAGAUAUGCCGGUGAUGGAGGUGUAUUUGGAUGGGAUUUGAAGAGAAAGUUGGUUUCCAGGGGCGCCAAUUUGUUUGCCGACACCGUCUUGAGACCUGGGGUUAGCGAUUUGACGGGAAGUUUCAGACUAUACAAGAAAGCGGUUUUACAGAAGGUUAUUGAAAGUACGGAAAGUAAGGGAUAUACUUUCCAGAUGGAAAUGAUGGUUAGAGCUAAGGCUAUGGGAUGCACGGUGGCCGAAGUACCAAUCAGUUUCGUGGAUCGUGUUUAUGGAGAGAGUAAAUUGGGUGGUGAUGAGAUUGUGGAAUAUGCAAAGGGUGUCUUGAAUUUGUGGAUGAAGGUUUAG